CUGCAUCAGUCAGGAUAAAGUACAGUCUGUGCUGAAACAGGAGACUGAUGACAUGUUGGUGAACAAACAGAAAGGCAAAACUGAGACUUCAAAACAAAAAAAGCACAAGAAAGCUCACCCAAACCAAAAACUAUAUUCUUGUAAAAUUUGUGACAAAACCUUUUCUCGAAAUGAUACCUUGACAACACACAUGACAACUCACACAGCUAAGAAACCUUUCACAUGUUCAACCUGUGGAAAACAUUACCCUCACGAGAGUCAUUUAAAUGAUCACAUGAAAAUUCAUACAGGGGGCAAACCAUACACAUGUACAGCUUGUGGAAAUAGUUUCCAUCGAAUCAGUUCUUUAAACAGACACAUGAAAACACACUUGGGUGAGAGGCCUUACACGUGCACAACCUGUGGAAAAAGUUUUGUGACUAAAUGUCAGUUACUUGAUCACAUCAGAAUUCACACAGGUGAGAAGCCUUUCUCUUGUGGGACCUGUGGAAAAAGUUUCACUCUUAAAAAAAAUUUUAAUCUUCACAUGAGAAUUCACACAGGUGAGAAGCCUUUCUCAUGUGAAACUUGUGGAAAAAGUUUCUCUGAUAAAAUAAGUUUAAAUCUUCACAUGAAAAUUCACACCGAGAAGCCUUUCUCAUGUGGAACCUGCAGAAAAAGUUUCACUCAUAAAAGAAAUUUAACUACUCACAUGAGAUUUCACACGGGUGAGGGGACUAUGUCCUGUGGCACCUGUGGAAGACGGUGCUUGUAUAAAUCUAAGUUAGUUGAGCACAUGAGAACUCACACAGGUGAGAAACCUUUCUCAUGUGGGACCUGUGGAAAAAGUUUCUCUAGUAAACACAGUUUAAAUCUUCACAUGAGAACUCACACUGAUGAGAAGCCUUUUUCAUGCAAGAUCUGUGGGAAAAGUUUCACUUAUAAAAAUAGCUUAACUGCUCACAUGAGAAUUCACUCAGUUUGAAGCUGUUCUCAUGUGGGAUCUGUGGAAAAAGUUUUGCUCAAAAAUACUAUUUAACUUCUCACAUCAGAAUUCACACAUGUGAGAAGUAGCGGGUGUACUGAUUUAUCAGCCAGCCGAUUAAUCCAUGUUUAUUUCCUUAAUUUUGGGACAUCAGCUGAUUCUUGCAUGUGAAGCUGGUCUGAUCCCCCAAUUUUAUUGACCUCAGCCACUGCUCUCUUCUGCUCUCCUUUGAGAGGUGUGACUAUUGGAGCGCCCCAAAAUGAAAACUGCAAUCGGUGCACCCUUAGUGA